CUGCUCCUCCUGAACCCCAGAAUGCCUGUGGUGCCAGUGGGCGGGACAUCCUCCUCCCACCCUGUUGUACCUGUUGGCCUCACCUGCUCGUGGCUGCUUCUGCUCUUUCACGUUACCUUUGGUCAGAAACCUGCCAAACUGCCCUUGAUCAAUCGGAAGCCCUUCAUCGCGGCCUGGAACGCCCCUCUCGACAUGUGCACCAUCAAAUACAAUGUCACCACCAACCUUGACCGUCUUUUCCACAUCCACGGGAGCCCCCGUGCUGGUUGGACAGGCCAGAAUGUCACCAUUUUCUAUGCCAACCGGCUGGGCAACUACCCUUACUACACCCCGCACGGCGACCCUGUGCAUGGCGGCCUGCCACAGAACUGCAGCCUGGACAUGCACCUGCUGAAGGCCUACCAGGACAUCAACCACUUCAUCCCUGCAGAGGACUUCCGGGGCCUGGCUGUCAUCGACUGGGAGUACUGGCGGCCUCAGUGGAGCCGUAACUGGCACAAAAAGGACAUCUACCGGCAAAAGUCUCGGGAGCUGACCGCCAAGGCUUACGUCAAUGUGUCGGCGGCGCAGGUGGAGGAGCUGGCACGGCGGAGAUUUGAGAAGAGUGCCAGGGCAUUCAUGCAGAGGACUAUUCAGCUGGGGACACGCCUUCGCCCCAAUGGGCUCUGGGGUUUCUACCUCUACCCUGACUGCCACAACUACAACAUGCAUGAUCAGAACUACACAGGCUUCUGCCCCCUGAUGGAGAGCAUGAGGAAUGACGAGCUGGGGUGGUUGUGGAACAGCAGCACGGCGCUCUUUCCCUCGGUGGCAAUCAGGAAAAGUCACACAAACAGUAUUGGCAACCUUCACUUCUCCCAGCACAGGAUCAGAGAGUCGCUUCGUGUUGCCUCGCUCACCUCGAAGGAGUAUGACCUCCCCACAUACGUGUACCUGAGGCUGGGAUACCGAGAUGAGGCCAUGGCCUUCCUCACCGCAAAAGACUUGAUCCACACCAUCGGGGAGAGUGCUGCUCUGGGUGCUGCAGGAUUUGUCAUUUGGGGCGACCUGAACUUGACCUCAUCCAGGUCGAACUGCUCCAAAGUGAAGACAUUCCUGAGCUACCGCCUGGGUAAGUACAUCAUGAACGUGACGCGAGCAGCUGAGGUCUGCAGCGACUUCUUGUGCCAGAGCAACGGCCGCUGCGUCCGACGGGACCCCCGCGCCCGCCAUUAUCUCCACCUGAGUGCCAUAAGCUACAAAAUCAGUUCCUCUAGCAAUGUGGAGUUCGCUGUCACCGGUUGGCACUCUCAACACGACCUGCAGCUGCUGACGGACAGGUUUCGCUGUCACUGCUACGAAGGUCACGAGGGCGGAACCUGCGAAAGCAUCAACAAAGUGAAGGAGGACGAUGGGCCGUGGAGGGAGGGGGAGGAGGACGAGCAGGAGAGGAGGAGGACAGAGUGGGAGUUCGAGCAGGAUGAACAACGGGAAAUAGGGGAGAGUGCGGCGCCCCCAGGUGGCUUCAGCCUUCACUUCAUGUUGCUGCUGCUCCUGUUAAACUUAGUGUUUGUUAAGACAGUCGUAUGAUGCAUUCUGAUAAAAGGAGGAGUCAUUUCUCAAGCUGAGUAAAGACGUUACUUUUCCAUGAUCACGAUGUCCGACCAAGUAAGUGAGGAAAUGACUAAGUACUAAUUCUGCCUUAUCAUUUAGUCUUAAAAAUGUCAAACAACACAGUAAGGCUGCAUGCUAACAUGCUAAUAAUAACAAUGGCAACAGCUAAUUCUCAGCAGCAACAUGUUAACCAUGUUCACAAUGGUAUUUUGGCAUGUUAGCAUGUUCAAAUUUACUAACUUAGUCACUUUUGCAGGUAUUUUGCCAUUAAAAAAGUAUUGAACGAAAGAAAAAAAAUCUUCCUGUUAAUGGCGCUAAAGGUUCAGGGAUCACCAAAGUUAUCCUAACGAGGGACAUGCAAAUCUGGACUAUAUUUCCUAGCAAAACAUGCAAAAGCUGUUGAGAUUAGUCACUAAAAGCCAGAAACAUCAAACCAAAAGGCAGCGAUCACCUAAGUCAUUAGGAUUCAUCAAAUAAGGACCGUGAAUGUCUGCACUAAACUUAAAGGCAAAUAAUCAAGUAGCCCAUAGUAUCUGCACCAAACCAAGCUAAUGGAAUGUUGGCUGUGGCUUUGUACUGUAUCUACCAGACAGACAUGACUGUGUGUUCAGUCUUCUAACUGUGUGAAAAAGUGUAUUUCUGAAAUGUAAGAAGAGUUCCUUCAAAGCUCAGCCAAAGUGGCUGCAGAGUGCAGAAUACAACCUUUAAACGAAUGGUUAAAGGUGGUUAGUGUGAAAUUAAUGUUGAAAAAUGACAAAUGUGUGACAAUAACCACUUCCUUAAGUGUGUGAUGGCACAGAGGUUUGGCGCGUUGACAGAUGAAGGUUUGGUUGAUUGUGUCACUCACUGUUCAACUAAACUGUCACCUGAAUGUUGCAGCAGUUUCUGCAACAACCUGCACUUCAUCUUUAGACGACAACUGCAUCAGUUUUUCGAGGAAUGUUAAUCAGUAGAUAUAUAAAUAUAGAAUUGUGGUUUAUUAAAGUGUGGCAUGAGUCACCUACAGCAAAAUAGAUGUUUGACAUGAGGAUUCAGCGUCGCUGCAGAGCUGAGGAAUGGGAUCAGAGGGAUCACGUUUUUUUACUUUGAAAUAACUUUGCGAAGCAGCUGAAUUUCUUGCCAAAUCCAUCUUAGUCAGAACCACAGUGGUUCAUACCAAUCUGCAUUCUAUCUUAGGUGUAUGGCAAUAGCAAGAAACAACUGUUAAUUAACAACAAGUGCAGCUCCCAAAGGGGUUAGCCAAGGCUGCAAUAGCAUUAGUUAUAUAUGAUUUUGAGAGUAUUUCUUCAUUGAAAGAUGAAGAAGGGCACUGAGGGUUUUUGUGAUGAAUCAAACUAGACUCGAUAACCGUGAUAGACGGCGAAAGAUGUAAGAUGAUUCAUCCACUCACCAGCCAAGAUCUACUUGAAAGUGUUGCGUUCCCUUUUCCAGACAAAUUUCAAAUGAAGGCUUCUCACAUGAAUCUGUGCAACCAACCAUUUGAUGAGCCUUCUUUUAAAUGGUUCACAGUAAAAUCUGGCCUUACUGCAGUAACAGCAUCUUGUUUGACUCUCAGAGGAAUCUAAGGAAACUGUGCUGCACACAUCAUAUGUGGAAAGAUAAUCACUAAGAUCUGACGCUAUGUUUGUGGUAUUUUUGAAGACAUUUCUUUCUGAUACCUCUUUAUUUCCUCAACAAUAUGCUGUUAUUUCACUUGUUAUUAAAUACAUACAAUGUUUUAGUACUGUUGCUUACUCUAUACUCUUGAACUGCUCAGAUCAGGAAACGCCACAUAUUUGAGCCUGUGUGGGACAUGGCAUGCACAUGUUAUAGGUACUAAUAAUCAGUAUAACAGUAUUUUCUUUUCAUUUUUGUUGAUUUUGUUACUCAAAGCCAAACCCAAGAUAUUGUGCAGAAGUUACUAUAUCUUAGUCUGAAAGAAUGGGAUCAACAGGUUGGGUCAGGUUUUGGAUUUUCAUUCAUCUCAAUGUGGCUGCACGGCUACUGUCUCUUAUUAUUCUUUCUUAUUAAAACUGACAAGGACCUGAGAAAAACGGUUCUCCCUGGUUUGUUGAUGGCUCCAGUUUUGAUCUGACUCCUUCUCUAUCCCUGAAACAGCUGUGAAACCUGAGGAUCUAACUGCACCAGACAAAACAGCCAUUCAUCAUUUCACUUCACUAUCACAUUUGUCUCAAGGGCUGCAGUCAGCGGUGGCAGCCUGCAUACUAGAAGCACAGCAAUCUGCUGACAAAAGAUUUCUAGAGAGAAUGAAAGACAGUUUCUCAAAUUCUAAAGUGAGUAGUUGUUAACUUGACAAGGACCUUCUGUUGGUUGCAUUAUGAUUAUUGCCUGUCCGGUCAUUGUCAGAAUGUGUGUGAGUGGCGACGAGUUAUAGUGCCCCAAAAAAAUCCUGGAAAACCAAAAACUCUACAAACUAUGGUUUGAGUUGGUUAGAAUAAAAUAAGUGCAGCGCCCGAUUCUCCAAUUUGACAAACUUGCUGAACUAUUAGUAUAUAUUUGCCAGCUUGCCACUGUGUGGGUUCACAGAGUUCGUAGAGUGUGUUUUAGAGGCACCAGAUUCAUGAUAGAAAGUCAAUGGAAAGACACAAUUAAAUGCACAUUUUCCACAAGGACAAGAGGAAGAAGAGGGACUAGGGGGACCAUACUGCACAGCGCUAUGUUCCACAAAGCUCCUGCAUUCAUAAGAAAUAGUUGCCAUGCUCUGCUUACAAAGAAGGUUGAGUUAGGUGUUUGACACAAAGUGUUCAGAUUGACCUAGAGUUCUGUAUUACUGUUGAACUUGCUGGACCUAAUUCUGGCAGUUGAAGUUUUGAAUAUCAGUCUGUUACACACUUCUUAUAAGAGUUCAUACACACUCACCAAAGUUACAUAGAGCAAGAACAGAUGUUCAGGGAGAGGAGUGGGACUGAAACAGGAAAAAUUCACUGAACCGUCAGUCUCAUUUGAAGCUGCUAUUUUAAGGUUGAGAAAGUUCAUGCCCUGUAAAACAUUUUGUGUCUUUCCAUUGACCUUACAUACAAAAUUCAAUUUUGCACUCAGUCAGAAACAGUAUUAGCUGUGUCUCCAAUCCAUUUUUGUCCAAUCCAAAUUGAAUCACAGACCACAGAUCUGAAUCAUUUAAACUCAAACUCAAACCAGACCUAGAACAGAGGUGGCCCUGAAUCUUGUUUUGGUCAUAUUACCCAAAACACAAUAAAUUAAGGUUGAGUUUGUUUGAAGUGAAACAUGUGGCGUCUGGCACGACUCUCUGUGACAUUGAUCCUGGUUUACAAUGAACCGUUAUUAUCAUCUCAAACAAGCCUCUCAUCAUGAUGCUGUAACUGUUUCCUUUACUGUUUUAUGUUUUUGUUUUUGUUUUUUCCCUUAGGAUUGUAAACCAAAUAUGCACCACGGACUAUGCAACACAUGAAAAAUGUUACCUGAAUGUAAAUGC